GCAUGUUCACACCAUGCUAAGUCUCUGAAGGGAGAGUGUGUGUUUUAAGUGUCAUCUUGACCUAUCCUUUUCUUCCACAGUCCUACUUCCACACUCCACACUAAACACCCAUUUCACCCCACCCCAUCCUGUAUUAAUGCUCCCAAUCCUCUUUGUGGGAGAGUGACGUCUGCUACUGUCAGAAACAGAGUUAAGCUCAGCAGGCACCAGGAGAACGGAGUGGAGAGAAGCUCCCAGCCUUAGGGAUAACCAAGCAGCACUGCACUCCUGGUCCUCCAGAGAGACGGAUCGCUGCCACCCAGCAAGACCUGACUCUCUUCCCCUGUGGCCGCUCCUGCCUCCGGCUGCGGAACAUACAGGGAAAAAAUAUACUACCUUUUGUGUGUCAAGCUGCUCAACUUCAUCCGCAGGUCAGCUCAAAACACCCACAUUGCGCGGAGGCCUGGAUGACCUCCAAGGAUGAGUGUUGAAAACCUGGAAUACAAACUCUCCUCUGGGAAAACAUUAUUGUUUUAGGAGACUUUUUUUGCUGCUUCUGGUUUGAAAUUUUUUUUUUUUUUUUGAAAAAUACUGACAUUUUUCAUCUGUUUCAGUGAUCCUCACCUGCAAGCAUACUACUGCAGGCCUUUGCUUGAUCUUGAAUUUUUGACCAGUUUGGUUUAACUGCUGCUUUAACCACUGACAACAAACCAGAUGGCAGGACGGCUUCCUCCCCUGUCAGGUGUGUCUGAAAGGUGUUUGUGUGAACAUGCACUCAAAGCACUUGAUGUUUAUGAGUGCUUAUAAUUGAACAGCCAUCUAAGUGUUUUAGUGUGCGUCUAUUGGGAGCUGCUGGAGCCACUGUUUACUUGGGAGUGUGAGCGUGUGCAUUUGUUCAUGUGCAUGAUACAAGUCAGUAGAGCCUGAAGAGUGUGUGUCUGUGUGUGUGUGUGUGUGUGUGUGUGUGUGUGUGUGUGUUUGAGUGGUGGUGGUGCCCUGUGGAGAUCAUAGCCCUGGAUUUCCCAGAGAUGGAGGGUCAUGGUUAUGACCGCUUCGGGGAAGGGGAGAGGGACAGUUACCAGAUUGAUUACCGGAGGAUUGUAGGGGACAUGGAACCAGCACGGCCACGCAUCUUAAACAGAGAUGGCGAACAACCGCACCCCUUCGGGGCCUAUGCCCACCAAACGCCACAUGGACAUGGGCAUGAGACUGCAGCCCAGCGAUACAGCGCUACACGAAUCCAAGCUGGAUAUGAACCAGAGAGCAUGGCAGACUACUUGAUAAGUGGAGGAACAGGUUAUGUUCCUGAAGAUGGGUUAACAGCACAACAACUCUUUGCUAUCGGCGACGGACUUACAUACAACGACUUUCUGAUCCUCCCUGGUUUCAUAGAUUUUACCUCUGACGAGGUGGAUCUAACCUCAGCAUUGACGAGGAAGAUAACCCUGAAGACACCUCUUAUCUCAUCUCCCAUGGAUACAGUCACAGAGUCAUCUAUGGCCAUCGCCAUGGCACUGAUGGGUGGAAUUGGCAUAAUUCAUCAUAACUGUACUGCUGAGUUCCAGGCCAAUGAGGUGCGCAGAGUCAAGAAAUUUGAGCAGGGUUUUAUUACAGAUCCGGUGGUAAUGAGUCCUCGACACACAGUGGGCGAUGUGUUUGAGGCCAAGAUACGCCAUGGUUUCUCUGGGAUCCCUGUUACAGAAACUGGCAAGAUGGGCAGCAAGCUGGUCGGCAUUGUCACCUCCAGAGACAUAGACUUUCUGUCUGAGAAGGACCAUGACAGACCCCUGGAAGAGGCAAUGACAAAAAGGGAAGAUUUAGUUGUUGCACCGGCUGGAGUCACACUAAAAGAGGCUAAUGAUAUUCUACAACGGAGCAAAAAAGGUAAGCUCCCCAUAGUGAAUGACAGUGACGAGCUUGUUGCCAUCAUUGCUAGGACUGACUUAAAGAAGAACAGAGAUUAUCCACUGGCUUCCAAGGACUCCCGCAAGCAGCUUUUGUGUGGCGCUGCCAUCGGAACUAGGGAGGAUGACAAAUACAGACUGGACCUCCUCAUGCAGGCUGGGGUGGAUGUGGUGGUCCUGGACUCCUCCCAAGGGAACUCGGUGUAUCAAAUCAACAUGAUAAACUACAUCAAACAAAAAUAUUCUGAGCUUCAGGUGGUUGGAGGAAAUGUGGUGACCGCUGCUCAGGCUAAAAACCUCAUAGAUGCGGGUGUGGAUGCUCUGAGGGUGGGCAUGGGGUGUGGCUCUAUCUGUAUCACCCAGGAAGUGAUGGCAUGUGGACGGCCCCAAGGAACAUCGGUGUACAAGGUGGCAGAGUACGCCCGACGUUUUGGAGUGCCAGUCAUUGCUGAUGGAGGAAUUCAGACUGUUGGACAUGUGGUGAAGGCGCUGGCCCUGGGAGCAUCUACAGUGAUGAUGGGGUCUUUGCUCGCGGCAACCACUGAAGCUCCAGGAGAAUAUUUCUUUUCAGACGGUGUGCGUCUGAAGAAGUACAGAGGGAUGGGCUCCCUGGAUGCCAUGGAGAAAAAUAAUAGUCAGAAACGUUACUUCAGUGAGGGAGAUAAGGUGAAGGUGGCUCAAGGUGUCUCAGGCUCAGUACAAGAUAAAGGCUCCAUCCAUAAAUUUGUUCCUUACCUCAUUGCUGGUAUCCAACAUGGCUGUCAGGACAUAGGAGCCAAGAGUUUGUCCAUUUUACGGUCGAUGAUGUACUCCGGAGAGCUGAAGUUUGAGAGAAGAACCAUGUCUGCUCAGAUGGAGGGAGGAAUUCACGGCCUCCACUCUUAUGAAAAGCGGCUUUACUGAGGCAGCAGGAAGAGGACAUACUCGAUCAGGACCUAACGUCCCGACCCCAGCAGCUAUGAGCAGAUGCACCGGGCACAUGUGACCAAACUACAAAAACAAAGCUGUUGUUCAACAUCCACUCUCUAAAAUCUGACACGACUUGUUUAUGUUCUUGUUUUGUCAUUUUGUUUGACCCAUCUCUGACCCCUUAAUUGGUUAGACAAAACAAUACACUAGAAGAUGAGUCUGAAGUUUAAAGGAGAGUCAAAGAGUCACUACCAUUAAUGGACACGACUGCACAUGAACUCUUUGUCUGUCUUUCUCCUGCUGUGCUCAAGUUGUAGUGAGGCUAGUGUAAUUGACUACUCUACUGAUCCCUUUCAACAGGCAAAUGCAUGUGUCAUUACUACUUUAGGAAGGAGAGGCCAUGAUGGCCCCUGAAUUGCACCAUGAUGCAGAAGGGUAUAUAAACUUUGUAUAGUAGCAGCCCCACAUUUCCAUGAUUAACUUAUCACACACAAUCGUUCAGUUUCUGCAUGAAAAGAGGAAGUCAUAUAUAUUUUAUUUACAGAUAAAGAUAUUACGAAAAAGCUACUUGUCCAUGACAUAAAGGUUUGAAGGAUUUAUUUAAAUUAAAGAUGGUUUAUUUUAUUGAAGAGGAAAGAAACACAGGUUUAAGACAGCCCUCUACUGAUUGACUGAGUGUAAGAUAAUGUUGAAUUGUAUGUAGCCAUGCUCAAAAUUGUCUAGCCUGCGAGUCAAAAGUAAACAUAGAGUACACACAGGUCAUUGUGUUUUCAUUAUCUUCUUAAAUCUAAUUGGGAGUAGAAAAUAUUGGAUAAAAAAAAACUGAGUGACAAGACAGAAGAGAAUCCAUGCUUUACAUUUCGGAAAUCUGAUUAUCAUUCAGCACAUUUUCUGCACUUCAUACUCAUAGUACAAAUGAUUCUUCCAAUCUUCCAUAAUUUAAUUUAGCAAAAACAAAUUGUUAAUUAUAUGGCUAUUGACUGUUCAUAAUACAGAUAGUUAUAUUUAUUUGUUAUAUUUAUUUUUUCAGGCUCAGUAUUUUUAAAAUUAAAUAGUGAGUCAAUAAAAUUGGGCUAUGGACCAAAUCAUAUAUAUAAUUAUAUGCAAAAAUAUAUAUAUUUUUGAGCUUUAAACAUAAUUUCUUCUUUUUGUGGAAGGUACUUUUUGUAUUACAUAUAUUUUAACUGGCAACCAAUUAUAAGGAUAAAGGAGUACCGAAUAUAAUUGUCUUCUUGUAUCAUCCCCAAUAAGUAAAAAGAGUUCCAUGAAUAAAGGUAAUUUUGACAAGGGCAUUUGGAUAUUGUUUU